AAUCCUUAAAAAAAUCCACAGUAUGCAGCUCCAUUUUACAAGUCAAAUACUCAUGCUAUAGUACACAAUAACCAUCAUCAAAUUACAUAAACCCAAAAAGAAGGGGAGGUUGUGUAUUUGUCCCUUAGCUAAGCUAGUAGUAUUACUACUGCAUCACACACCAGAGAGCUGAGGACAAAAGAAAAGUAAAAAACUGGUUUCGUGAAAAAGAAACUACCGGCAUUGCUUUAUUUCUAGGCACCCCAUUUCAAGCUUGUGAACCGCAAAAUUUGACUAAACAAAGAAGAAGGUUUGCAUCUCUAUAAAAUUGGUUAUGUGGGUUUGCAGCCAUUGAGGGGUUUGCAAGGAGAGAGAGAGAGAGAGAGAGAGAGAGAGAGAGAUAGGAGACAGAGAGAGAUGGGUAGUUAUGUAGAGGAUGGAGUUCCUCGUGAAGCAAGGCAGCAAUCAAAUGUUGAUGUAAUUGAUGAUGAAGUGAAUGACAACCCAAUAGAGCAAGUGAGGCUAACAGUUCCAAUAACCGAUGACCCUUCACAGCCGACAUUGACGUUUCGAACAUGGGUUCUUGGGAUCAUUUCAUGCUCUGUUCUUGCUUUUGUCAACCAGUUUUUUGGGUACCGCCAGAAUCAACUCUACGUUUCUUCAGUCUCUGCGCAAAUUCUUGUCCUGCCUGUGGGGAAGCUGAUGGCUGCUACCCUUCCGCAGAAACCAAUCCGGUUCCCGUUUACAAAUUGGUCUUUUUCGCUGAAUCCGGGGCCUUUCAACUUGAAAGAACAUGUGCUGAUCACCAUCUUCGCCAACUCUGGAUCGAACAGCGUUUACGCUGUUGGCAUCAUCACGAUUGUCAUGGCUUUCUACAACAGAAAAUUGCAUCCUGCAGCUGCCUUCUUGUUAGCACAAACGACUCAGAUGCUUGGGUAUGGAUGGGCUGGCAUUUUCAGAAAAUACCUUGUUGACUCUCCUUACAUGUGGUGGCCUUCAAAUCUUGUUCAAGUCUCUCUUUUCAGGGCAUUGCACGAAAAGGAGAAGAGGCCGAAGGGAGGCCGGACUAGGCUGCAGUUCUUCUUCAUGGUUUUCAUCUGCAGCUUUGCUUACUACAUUGUUCCGAGUUUUCUUUUCCCCUCCAUUUCCGCUUUCUCCUUUGUUUGCUGGAUAUGGAAGGACUCCAUCACCGCUCAACAGAUUGGUUCCGGCAUGCAUGGGCUUGGCAUUGGCUCAUUCGGCUUUGAUUGGUCUACUGUUGCCGGUUUCUUAGGCAGCCCUUUAGCCACUCCUGGAUUUGCGAUCAUUAACAUCUUAAUUGGUUUUGUAUUGAUUGUUUACGUUGUCACCCCCAUUGCCUACUGGAACAACGCAUACGAAGCUCAAAAAUUUCCAAUCUUUACGUCACACACUUACGAUUCCAGUGGCCAGCUCUAUAACAUUUCCAGAGUUCUAGAUCAGAAAAAUUUCGAUAUUAACAUGGUAGGGUAUAACGGUUACAGUAAACUCUAUCUCAGCACCUUCUUUGCCUUCACUUAUGGGCUGAGCUUUGCCACUCUGACGGCUACUAUUUCGCACGUUGCUCUCUUCCACGGAAGAACGAUUUGGAAGAUGUGGAAAAAGACAACUAGUGCAGUGAAAGAUCAAAUCGGUGACAUCCAUACCCGACUGAUGAAGAAGAACUAUGAUUCAGUGCCUCAAUGGUGGUUUCAAAUCAUCCUUGUUUCUAUGGUUGCUCUUGCUGUCUUUACUUGUGAAGGUUUCGGAAAACAGCUCCAACUUCCAUGGUGGGGAGUUUUAAUGGGUUGCGGCAUUGCCCUAUUUUUCACCUUACCUAUCGGCAUUAUUCAAGCCACAACAAACCAGCAACCGGGGCUUAAUGUGAUCACAGAGCUAAUUAUCGGGUACAUUUAUCCCGGGAGGCCUCUUGCUAAUGUGGCUUUCAAGACCUAUGGAUAUAUCAGCAUGUCACAGGCACUCAUGUUUCUUAGUGACUUCAAAUUAGGCCACUAUAUGAAGAUCCCUCCUAAGUCCAUGUUUGUUGUGCAGUUAGUUGGAACGCUAGUAGCUUCAAGUGUCUACUUUGGCACAUCGUGGUGGCUUCUCACAAGCAUCGAGUACAUCUGCGAUCCAUCGAAGCUGCCAGAGGGAAGUCCGUGGACAUGCCCUGGUGACGAUGUGUUCUACAAUGCUUCGAUCAUAUGGGGGGUCAUAGGCCCACUCAGGAUGUUCGGCAGCAAAGGUGUCUACCCGGAAAUGAACUGGUUCUUCCUCAUUGGCUUGCUUGCCCCCGUUCCGAUUUGGUUCCUCUCCAAAAAGUUCCCCAACCAGAAGUGGAUUAAGCUCAUAAACAUGCCGAUCAUUCUGGGGGCAACGGGAAACAUGCCGCCUGCUAGGGCUGUGAACUAUUUGACAUGGAUUUCAGUUGGGAUUUUCUUCAACUUCUACGUGUACCGAAAGUACAAGGGGUGGUGGGCUAGACAUAACUACAUUCUAUCUGCUGCUUUGGAUGCUGGUGUGGCAUUCACUGCUGUUCUUCUGUAUUUCACCCUUCAAUCCAAGGAUAUAACGGGGCCCAGUUGGUGGGGUCUCAAAGCGGAUGACCAUUGUCCGCUGGCAACGUGCCCCACGGCGUCAAGUGUAGUUGCCAAAGACUGUCCGGUUCGCUAAGAUAUGAUUCGGAAAUCAAACCCUAAACCCUAAAUGUGUGACAAUGUAAUAUUGCAAAACCAUAUGUAGGCCAGUUCUGGCAGAUUGGCGAAGAAAGAUAUGAAUCUGUAUAGUUAAUUGAACAAAUUUGGUUUUAGUUUUCAUAAUUUGAAACUAGUGAAUGUA